CAGUUUAAUUUGGUUUAGACCAUGAACACCCUACUGCUCGGUGCUACGCGCGCUCUGCAUCCGAGGCCAUGCGACCCUUAACCGCGCAAUUUCUCUUUCCCGCCAUUACCAAAAGGUCCAAAACCUAAUUUCUCUGUACUUCUUCUGCAUAAAAAGAGGCAACCAUAAAUGGUCGUUUCAUUGUCUUCAUCGUGAAAAUUUCUAUUUUGCACCGCUUGCACAAAAUGGAAGAAAAUCUGCAGGAACCCAACAAGUUGCCGGAACUCAAACUUGAUGCCAAGCAAGCUCAAGGGUUUAUCUCAUUUUUCAAAACCCUACCCCAGGACCCAAGGGCCAUUCGCUUCUUCGAUCGUCGGGACUAUUACACUGUUCACGGAGAGAACGCGACUUUCAUUGCAAAGACAUACUAUCACACUACUACUGCUUUACGACAGUUGGGUAGUGGCUCUGACGGUAUUUCCAGUGUCAGUGUUAGUAAAAACAUGUUUGAAACCAUUGCUCGGGAUCUCCUGCUGGAGAGAACAGACCAUACUUUGGAGCUCUAUGAGGGUAGUGGGUCGAAUUGGAGGUUGACAAAAAGUGGAACACCCGGGAACCUUGGUAGUUUUGAAGAUGUUCUGUUUGCCAACAAUGAGAUGCUAGAAACUCCAGUGAUUGUUGCACUUUGCCUGAAUUUCCGCGAAAGUGAGUGCACUGUGGGUCUGGGAUAUGUUGACCUGACCAAGAGGGUACUAGGCUUGGCUGAAUUCAUUGAUGAUAGCCAAUUCACCAAUGUGGAGUCCGCUUUGGUUUCUCUCGGUUGCAAGGAGUGCCUGUUGCCAAUGGAAAGCGGAAAAUCCAUGGAGAACAGAACUUUGCAUGAUGCAUUGUCUAAAUGUGGUGUUCUUUUGACGGAGAGAAAGAAAACUGAAUUUAAAUCAAGAGAUUUGGUGCAGGAUCUUAGUCGGCUUGUCAAGGGGUCUAUUGAGCCUGUUCGUGAUUUAGUUGCUAGUUUUGAAUAUGCAACUGGGGCUUUGGGGGCACUGGUAUCUUAUGCAGAUUUACUUGCAGAUGAGAGCAACUAUGGAAAUUAUACUAUUCAGCGUUACAACCUUGAUAGUUUCAUGAGGUUGGAUUCUGCUGCUAUGAGGGCAUUGAAUGUUCUGGAAAGCAAAACAGAUGCGAAUAAAAAUUUUAGCUUGUUUGGUCUUAUGAAUAGAACCUGUACCGCUGGCAUGGGGAAACGGUUACUGAAUAGGUGGCUGAAACAACCUUUGCUAGAUGUAGAUGAAAUCAAUUGUAGGCUAGAUUUGGUCGAGGCAUUUGUGGAGGACACUGCACUUCGUCAAGAUCUCAGGCAGCAUUUGAAAAGAAUUUUCGAUAUUGAGCGAUUGAUGCAUACUCUUGAGAAGAGGAGGGCUAAUUUGCAACAUGUUGUAAAGCUUUAUCAGUCAGGUAUUAGGCUUCCUUAUAUCAAAAGUGCCUUGGAACGCUAUGAUGGGCAAUUUUCAACAUUGAUCAAGGAAAGGUAUUUGGAUCCACUAGAUUACUGGACUGAUGAUGAACACUUGAAUAAGUUCAUUGGUCUUGUUGAAGCUUCUGUGGACCUUGAGCAACUUGAAAAUGGGGAAUAUAUGAUAUCGUCUAGUUAUGACCCAAAGCUAUCUGCACUGAAGGAUGAGCGUGAAACAGUGGAAAAACAGAUACACAAUUUGCAUAAACUAACUGCUAAUGAUCUUGAUCUUCCACUAGAUAAGGCAUUGAAAUUGGAGAAAACCACACAAUUUGGACAUGUCUUUAGAAUCACAAAAAAGGAGGAGCCAAAAAUUAGGAAAAAGUUCAGUACCCAUUUUAUUGUCCUUGAAACUCGCAAGGAUGGGGUCAAGUUCACCAAUACAAAGCUUAAGAAACUAGGGGAUCAGUACCAAAAGCUGUUUGAGGAGUACACAAGUUGUCAGAAGGAGCUGGUUUCUCGAGUAGUUCAAACAGCAGUAACUUUCUCUGAGGUUUUUGAAACUUUAGCUGGCAUUCUUUCUGAAUUGGAUGUCCUUCUUAGUUUUGCUGAGUUGGCCACUAGCUGUCCAACUCCUUAUACAAGACCAGAUAUCACUCCCUCGGAUCAGGGAGAUAUUAUAUUAGAAGGAAGUAGGCAUCCUUGUGUGGAGGCUCAAGAUGGAGUGAAUUUUAUACCUAAUGACUGUGCACUUGUUAGAGGGAAGAGUUGGUUCCAAAUUAUCACCGGACCUAAUAUGGGGGGGAAAUCUACAUACAUUCGACAGGUUGGUGUGAACAUACUGAUGGCACAAGUUGGUUGUUUUGUUCCUUGUGAUAAAGCAAGGAUUAGUGUUCGUGAUUGUAUUUUUGCUCGUGUUGGUGCUGGUGAUUGCCAACUCCGUGGAGUUUCUACUUUCAUGCAAGAAAUGCUUGAAACUGCAUCAAUAUUGAAAGGAGCAACUGAGAAGUCCCUGAUAAUCAUUGAUGAGUUGGGCCGCGGGACAUCAACUUAUGAUGGAUUUGGUUUAGCUUGGGCUAUUUGUGAGCAUCUUGUAGAAGUAAUCAGAGCACCAACGUUAUUUGCGACACAUUUUCAUGAAUUGACCGCUUUGGCCCAUGAAAAUGCCGAUCACAAGUCUCCUGAGAAGACCUUACUUGGUGUGGCGAAUUAUCACGUCAGUGCAAUUAUUGAUCCAUCAAGUCGCAAACUAACUAUGCUUUAUAAGGUUGAGCCAGGUGCAUGUGAUCAAAGCUUUGGCAUUCAUGUUGCAGAAUUUGCAAACUUUCCUGAAAGUGUUGUUACCCUUGCUAGAGAAAAGGCUGCAGAGUUGGAAGAUUUUUCACCUGUUCCCAUCAUUUCAGAUGAUGCAAAGGAAGAGGUGGGAUCUAAACGGAAACGAGUCUCUGGUCCUGAUGAAAUAUCCAAAGGUGCUGCUCGGGCACACCAAUUCUUGAAGGAGUUUGCCACUCUUCCAUUAGAGGAGAUGGACUUUAAGCAGGCCCUGCAACAAGUAAGCAAGUUAAGGAAUGAUUUGGAGAAGGAUGCAGCAGACUGUUGCUGGCUCCAGCAGUUCUUCUAGUCCUCUUGUAUGUACCAUAAUCUAUCCCUCUUGCUUGUAUAUCAUGUACAUCAAUUAGCCAAACAUCUUUAGUUGCCACAGCAGAAACAUCAAAUAUGUGUUCAGUCAGGGAAACUAGGAUUUUUGUUUUGUUUGUUUUUUGGCAGUAAAGGCAAGGUAAGAUUUAUAACCUUGAAUUUCAUUCCUUGCUUUGUACAAAUAUUGCACAAGUGAAAUAUUUUUGGGCGCCAUUAUGUUAAA